CUCGAGCCCCGCGGCGGAACUAUGUUUUUAAGAGGCCAUGCCCGAAGGGAUGCGCGGUCAAGAUGAACAACUGCGUACAUUUAUGCAAUGCUUGAUGUUACCAUCACCUCCGCCAGCGUCAAAGUCCGUGUCUUCCAAGAUGCUCAGAACUGUGCCUCGAGGUCAUGUCAGGAUAGAUCUUCCUUUUGACCAAGCAUUGGAACAGCUCACUGCCUGCAUUGUGCACGAACAGGUGCAGGAGAGGUCGAACAGUGGAUGGUCUGAGCGCCAGUUGAGGCGUCCUGCAUCCAGCAGCCAAGGGAGGCUGCGAGGUGCUGCGCAGCUGAAGCGUUCGCGCAGUACUGGUGGUUCUCCGUCGUCCAAGAGGGGAUUUGUGCCAGAAGGCACGUGCUUCAACAAUCCAUUUGGGCAGUGGCCCCGCACACCACCGCACCUAGUCGGAGUGAUGGGUGGAUCCUCCCUCACUUCCAGCCCAAGCCGUCCAAAGCGAGAAGCCUGGGGGAGUGAAGCUGAAGAGCCUGGAGACGCUGGAAAAGAAGGAGGAAAGGCAGCAAACAACCAGGACAUGGAUGAAGGCGAAAUGGACCUCUUGCGUCCCAAGACUCAUCCGCGACCACCCAAAAAAGGCCCAUCUAGCUCCAGCAAGCUGCAAGUCAACCAAGCGCGCAGUUCCAGCAGAGCUAGAAAGAAAACCUUGGCACCAAGUCCAUCUAGAAGAGCCAGCGACAAUAGCAGCGUGUCUGGCCUCUCCACUUUAGGAACGCUGAAGCUGGGGAGUGAGGGCAGCUCCGCAUUCGGUUCUCGAGAGCCGUCCAAAGUCAAAGGCACUCUGCUCUCACAGACGUGGCCGAUGGGCCAGCAGUAUCUUUCUCCAGAGGUGCCGGUCGUCGAGGAAGAGCAAAAUAGAGCAAAGGACUUCACCGAGCAGGCUCUCGCGGUCAAGCUUUGCUUGCCUUUGGAAGUUGCAAAGCAGGCCGCCGAGUGCUUCAAACAUCAUGCACAGUGUGAUGCAAGUGAUCGGCCUGACCUUUGGCGACUGAAACGCUCGGACUUCGAGAAGGUCCUGUGUGAAAUCUUUUGCAUUUCCAGUGUGCAAGAGCUUCCGGACCACUUUGUCAGCAAGGUCUUCCACUGCGCGGACGUAACCAGAAGUGGCGAUCUGGAUCUGGAGGAGUUCAUGUCUUGGUACACCACCUUCAGCUUCUCUGAGGAGCUUCUGCUGGGGAAGUCCACGAAGUCGAUACGGGACGUUGCUCGUCGAAUGGGCAUCAACCUGCUUGACAUUGAUCGGUACAAGAAGGUCUUCGACAGCUACGACAAGAACAAAAGUGGUGUUUUGGAGAUCGACGAGUUUGGGCCCAUGCUACAGCGCGUGCUCAAGAUACCCGCCGGCCAUCAGCUUCCAAGCUCUCAGAUCAAAAGCUAUUGGAAUAUGGCUGAUAGAGACAACAACGGAGUGAUCGAUUUCCCCGAGUUCUGCCAGUUCUACCUGAAGAUCUUCCGAAAGAACGGCGAGGAGAACUUCCAACUGGGCGACAUCUACCGAGGGAUUCGAAAUGUCCCGGUGAGACGGCGUGUCUCAGGUGCCGACUAGCUGCGAGACUGGCAGGGACCACAAGAAGCAAGCUUUUUCCUUUUUGUGAAGACUCCAUAAGCCUGCGACUUGUGCCUGUACUCUCAAAGCCUAAGUUUUAAACCUCAUGCAUCCUCCAAAGGAGACCCAGCAGGG